CUCCCACUUUCCCCGCGAACGAUGCAUCCGUCUCCCUACGAGCGGCCCCUCGCUCGCUCUGCACCUCCACCAGUGCCCUCGAUCGAAGAGACACUCGUCCCGUCUCAGGCCCAGCGACACCUACUUAAUAGAGCCUCCAAACGCGUCCGGGGCGAGAUCGCCUGUGCGGAGUGCCGCCGCCUGAAGAUACGCUGCGACAAGACGGUGCCGUGCUCCACCUGCGUGAAACGGUGCGUUAUAACGACGCGCUUUUUCGCUAUCACGCUCAUGGCAACACCCGCGACUGCGCAGCGGCUGCGCGGCAUUGUGUCCGAAUGGCAUGUCGCAUUUUCGUCCGGCUUGGUCUGUACGAUACCGCCCGGAGACAGCAGUCGCUUUGUGCUGGCCGCGACGGAGCACCUCGAGCUGAAACUAGCGCAAAUGGAGGCCCGGAAGCACUCCCUCGAGGACGCGCUUGCCAUCCUCAGCGACAAGCCGCAUCCGCUCCUUAACAUUCCUGAAACCAAAGAUGACGAAGACGCCGAAUUUCUGGACGAUGCUGCGCUCAAACUCAAGGCAGUAGAUGAUGCUUCAGAAUCCGCGGUGGAAGCGAUCGGAGCCUUGCACAUCGACGGGAAGGGUGUAUCUCGCUUCUUUGGCCCUUCUGGUGGUUCUGAGAGCCUCCUUCUCCAAGCCGAAAGUGUCGAAAAACAACGGACACCCCACCUGCUGAGAGAACUCGACACGUCCUACCUCCCACCCGAGAUCCUGCACUGUUCGUCUGCGUUCCCGUUCAUGCCGCCCGGGUUUUCACGCGAGCCCAUACAAGAGAUGAUAGAAUCAUUCCUUCCGCCAAUGGGCCGCGCAGUCGCUCUCUGCGAGACGUUUCUCGAGCAUCUCUCUUGGAUGUUCCACAUCGUGUCUCGGCGACAACUUUUCGAGGAGCUGAUACCUGCGAUCUAUAAAAGGUCCUACACCGUGUACGGUCCUCACGACCUCGCCGUGCUUCUUAUCACUCUGGGAAUCGGGGCCCUGGUGGACCUUGAGCAGCAGCCGUACAAUCUGGAAGCGCAGCACUACUAUCGGCUGGCACGCGCCGCUUUGAUGCUCCAGUCGGUCAUGUCCGAAGCUUCCAUAGUUACCAUCAAAACAUUGCAUCUCAUGAGCAUCUACAACGGGUUAAGUGGGAAAGAAUCCAACAUGGAGGCGUCGUAUGGAUUUCUUGACAUGGCUUGUCAAGUCGCGCUAAUGACGGGAAUGCACAUUGACCCUUCGAUGUGGGGAUUUCGCGGCCAGCAGGCGUACGAUCGACGGAUCUACUUCUGGAAUCUCUGCGUCGCCAUGCUCUGGCAGAGUCUUGUAACUGGCCGGCCGCCAUCCAUUUUGUCACAGUACAUCGACUGUCGAAUCCCCACAGAGGAGGAAGAGGAUAUGUACGGGGGCGGGGGUCCCCCUACUGGGCUUGGUGCAUGGGGACAUCGCGUCUCGCAUCACUGUUUGUUGCCCGUCGUCCGCAUUACCCUAGCCGUCAAAACGCCCGCCUACGAGCAGGUGCUCGCUCUCGAUGAGAAGCUGCGCAAUCUGGUGCAGCCUCUCCCAAAUAGUGACGACGAGGGAACCGCUAUCUCCAUGAAGAACUUCAUUCGCUCUCAUUAUCGUGACCUGAUGUCACUGUUCUUGCAUCGGGCGUUCUUCGCACAGGCUAUGAUGGAUCGUGAUAUCUCGCCAUGCAAGAGCCCUUUCCUGCAUUCGGUUCUCGCAGCAUAUCACGCCGCAUGUACAGUCCUCGAAGACACCGUGGAGCAAUUCUCCAAGAAGCCUUUGCUCGUCGCACGGGUCUGGCGGAUCUGGUCUCUGGCUUUCUCGGCGUCUGUCGUGAUCGGAACGAUGGCGAUACGGGGAACCAAUCUCAAUCUCAAUCCUCCGCCGUUACCUCAGUUCCAGAUUGCAUGUUCGGUCUUUCGGAGUGCUGCGGAGACCAGUAACCGUGCCGCUCGCGCAUUGCCUAUUCUCCAAUCCAUGCUGAACAAAGCUCAUCAUGCCCACCAGCUUUAUCUGGGCGAGACUCGCGUUCCUCUAAGAGGUUCAGACGAGGAGAUUUCAGUCUUCAGCGGUCGCGUGUCCCAGCCCAAGAAAGUGCUCGACCCCAGUCCCGACCCGAAGAGUGAUGCAUCCUGCUACAACCCUCCCUCAAGUCACCAUAGAAUUGAUCGUGAAGUGCCCUAUCGUGAUUGUGUCGAUCACGAAUUGGGAGAGCUGGGGGCCAUGGGCGAUCGCUGGGAUUCGUUUAUGCACCACUCUGAUGUAUUUGGGACGUGAAAGACGGCCUGGAAUACAGAGUGUACAUUUGUUCACGUACUGCUGCUCAUCCCGCUCAUCACCUCGUACAUACCCUCGACCCGUCUCUUGCUGAGCACUUCACUCCAGAAUCGCAUGAUCGGCUCCCACUCGUUUCUCGAGGCGGGCAUACCACCCUGAGCAUUCAUUUUGUGUUCGACGACACGGUCAAAGGCCUUCCUGAAGGGAGCUAGCUCGGUAGCAGGCAUCGCAGCGGGGCGGUAGGCUACGAGAACGGGCGUCAGGCUCCGCGCCGUCAGUGUAGGGAACGAGAGCAGUGGCCCGGAGACGGUUGUGAUAGAUCCCAGCGUUUCUCGGUGUCUCCGUACUCCGUACUCAGCAGCGACGCCACCGCCUUGUGCAAAGCCGAAAAGAUGGAUGCGGUUGGUGGGCCAAGUGCAGUCGUCCGUGAGGUGCUGGAAUAUACUGUCUAAGAGAUCGAGGGCGGGAGUUGGGUUGGGGCGGGGGAGAAGGUCGCCGAGGGGAUCAAAGGAGGUGUACCAUUCGAACGCGUCUUCAUAGAGAAAGGGAACUCUACAGUUUGCUGUUAGUGACAUCGGGCAAGCGUUAAUGACUGACCUUACUGGUCUGGAGCGCGAAUGGCUAGCACUGCUGUCUGCGGCAGUUUGAAUUGCUUGCCCAACUUCGAGAACGGGAUGUGGGUGUCUCCUACUCCAAAUGAUUAGGAGAACAGUCGGAGAAUUGACCACUCACCCAAUCCGUGGAAGAGGAUCAGUAGGUUCUCGUCAGUUCCAUCGUCACUCGGAGCGUAGAAGAAAGGAACGCGUAUUUUGGAAGAUUCAGGUUGAGGCUUCACUCUCGGUGUAGUGUUGUUACUGGAAUCCUCUCGCAGAUGAAUGUUUUGUAGAUCUGACAUUUCCAGUUGGUCGUCGAGAUAUCAGCGCGAUGAGAGCUUUGUCAGCAAUCUCUUCCCUCCUACUUACGCCAUGUGUCGACAGCAAUUCUCCGCAAUGAGCCUAGUAAUCCGAAGCUUACACGAAUGAGACAUUUAUAGAAUGCCGUCGUGGCGCUAAACGCUGCGGGUGGGUGGGAAAAUCGAAUCCAUCAACGCAGACUGAACGCCAGCUUGUUGCGUCACUUGGACCCGACCAACCGCAAUGGACAGAUCACAGCUUCUCUACGACGGUGCCAGGCGGUGGUUCACAUUGUGCAAUUUCUGCGCAGCACCCAUCAGCUUCUUCAUCGACGCGCCGUUUGGAAGGUUCACGCCUGCACAGAAAAGUAUAUUUCUGGUUGACGGAAUCAAAGCGUGGAUAUGCAUGGAGCUUGUCUCACCGAUCUUCUUCACAUACGUGUUCGGGAUUGCUCCACUCGGCGGAGGGGGCUGGCGUGAUUUUCGUUUCUGGUCUCCUCAAGGCGUACUUGUUGGCGCGUACUACGUGCACUAUCUGAAUCGUUCGCUGCUGUCUCCGCUUCGAACACCAUCUCGGUCCAAGUCGCACAUCAUUACCCCACUCUGCGCCAUCGCUUUCAACAUCGUCAAUGGUUCUCUCCUGGGGGCGUAUCUUUCAUCGCCCAAGUCUGGUCUGCCGUCCGACUUCUCCGCGACCUCUUUCUGGGUCGGUAUGGGAUUGUGUAUCGCGGGCUUCGUUGGAAAUGUAGUUCACGAUGAAAUACUGCUACAAAUCCGGCGCAACGCGAAGAGCAAGGGCAAAGCCAAGGAAUUGCCCGGGGAAGAAGGAAAAGAGCACUACUCCAUUCCCCACGGCCUACUCUACCGCUACAUCUCCUACCCCAACUACUUUUGCGAGUGGGUUGAGUGGUUCGGGUUUGCCUUGGCUGCCGACCCCCGGCUCCCGCAUGUCCUCUUGGGGGGCACAGUCUCUCUUGGCAACCUCAUGGCUGGGCCUGCCUCGUCGUUCUUCCCUCUUUUGACUCCUCCAUGGAUGUUCUUCAUCAUCGAGGUUGCAGUCAUGUUCCCCCGUGCAUAUCGUGGACACCGUUGGUAUCAUGAUCGCUUUGGAAAAUCUUAUCCGAAAGAAAGGAAGAUUGCUUUCCCUUUUCUACUUUGACUGCGCGUCCAGGCUUCUUCAGAGGGAGCUUCAAGAAACGACAUAGCAUUUUCAGGAAAGCAUGAAUGAUACGACGCAGGACAACAAGCUUUGAUGAGGCAAAAGAGAGACAGAAACCGCUACUACUACCUUCAAACAUCAUUCUCUUGUAGAAAGCAAUUCCAGAGAAGAGCCGUACCUGUGCAUUAUGCUGGCGCGUGAGAAGUUGGCCCGGUCGCGUCCGCCCGUUCCACGGGAGAUCCAGGCCGUUCUGUCGAUUGGCGGGGCAAUGCCAUAGGCGAGGCUGCCGCCGGCUGAGAUGUUUCGGGCUUGUCAGUCCGCAGUCUUGCCAUGUCUUUAUCCCAGCGGUCCAUGGAGUCGUCGUUGAAGGAUCUGCCACAGCAGCUGCCACAACAUCCGCGACCGCCGCGGCCGCCGAGUCCCGCGCCAUUGCACCAUGUUGCGCUGUAGCACUCAAAUAAGUAAACAUGCGCGCGAGCACUACGAGGCGAUAGACGGACAGGCCUCCGUAUCCACACAGACCUGUCAAUCCGUAUUUUCAGAGAAGUCGUAGGGAUCACCUAAAAUUCGGACUCACAGCAGAGUCCACAGCACGCUCCCGCGACGUCGUCGGCGCCAGACAUCCAGAUAUAUGGCAGGCGUUAACAAGGUGAAUAGGGAGUCAGAAGAGAGAGGCUUUGAGAUAGAAAUAUGCGUGGGAGGUCUCGCGCUCUUGACGUUCUGGCGAGAGGAGAAGUUCUGAGCAGCCUGUGCUAAGGAUGGGAAAGAGAGGUGUAGCACUGCCACUCUUAACGGCUAUCGACAGUGGGAACGGGAUUGCCAGCAACCAGUCACGACGGCCAAUGUGCCGUUCACAGAAGGCCGUGAAUCCGCUACAGCCUCUCCAAAGAUGGAACUACUCACCAGGGGAUCUGGAGAUCUGCGCAAGAUCUAUCACGGCCAACCAAUCGUGAUUGGAAAGUAAUCUAAUCUGAUGUUUCAGAUGAGAUGAUGUGAACGCCGCUAUGGACAACUAAGACUUUGUCGAAUUAAUACCCACCGGUAUGUAGAAAUUUAUCAUUGAAGGCGCGUAAUGAGAUGUGAGAUGACGCCAGAACUAUCUCUCUAGCCUUGCGAAGAACUAGAGACCAAGUUGUGAUGAACUAUUUGACGCGACGCACGUGAUGAGAAGCUGACUUUGUUGACCAAACACUGACAGCUUGUUGUCCAACGCGUCUUGUUCCCCACCGCCAUCUCUUUUCACCAAUCUCUGCUCCUGGGCGCUAUCAUUUGAAUGCCUCGUAAAGCAGCGGCAACUGCAGAUGGCGAAACGGCCGCUGAGCCUCGUCGCUCUUCUCGUAUCAAGGAACUUCCCAAGGCUGAGGUUGAAGAGAAAAAGGUCACCAAACCCCGUGCAAAGAAGGACAGCGAGGAAGAUAAACCCAAACGGGGGAGGAAGCGCAAGGAAGCUCCUUCCGCUGAAGAUGGCGAGAAUGGUGCACCUGCGGACGAUGGAGAACCUCCCGCAAAGAAGGCUAAGCCAGCAUCUAAGGCUCCUACUUCUAAGCCUGCCUCCAAAGCCUCUGUGAAACCCGCGUCCAAGGUCGCCAAACCCUCCAGCAAGGCGUCCGCGAAGCCGGUCAGCAGAGCCUCUGUCAAACCAGCCAGCAAAGCUUCUGUCAAGCCGGCGAGCAAGGCCUCUGUGAAGCCCGCCAGUAAGGCCUCUGUGAAGCCCGCGAGCACGGCCUCCGUCAAGCCUGCCUCUCGGGCUGGUUCCAAGAAACCUGUAUCCAAGGCGGAUGCUGAAGCCCCUUCCGCUGCUGCCCCUGCUGUCGAGGAAACCAUUGCAGAAGAGCCAGAAGCCGAGGCCGAAGCUGCGGCUGAGACUGAAGCUGCCGUCGAGGAUUCUUCCCAGGCUUGAUCAAUCAUGCAAUCACCAACUGCUUUGCUCUGCUGUCGUUUUUAUCUUAUCUAUGUGCAAUCUACAUGACCAGCAUCCUCUGCGCUGGCUGCUUGUACAUUGUAUGUGUGUAUAUCUCUCCUCUUCUUCAUUUACCUACGCGGAGCGGUCUGGUGCCCAUUUCCACUGGCGAUCUGUUGUAUGUAUCUUUCCCGACUUGUUAUCUCCCUCUCGACUGUAAUGUUCGGGAGUAGUACAUGUACUACUUGACGCACAUUGUCUCUUGAAUAUGAUUGUGUUACGGUACCAAGGGGCUCACUGACAGGGGAUCGACCAUGGCUAAGGAUCGCUCCCAUAAACGGCGACAUCUGAUUGACGGGUGAAUGUCUGAAUGGGCGGCGGAAUGAAUGGGUAUGUCAGGGACAGGUGGUGGCGUCUAUGCGAUAUUCUCAUAAAGGACGGGGGGCGGGCCUGGAAGUUUCAAGAAUCAACUUGCCCCCACGUUCCUUGCUUUUGGUCCAAAAAAGAACAUGUCUUUCCAGCAGCAGCAACCCGGAUCCACCCCGCAUAUGUCCGAACGACCCACCGAGGCAAAGCAAGACUCGUUCGCGAAGGACAUGGGGAAGAAAUACGCCGGCGGUGCUGCGAAGGAAGCUGGCAAGCAGACGGAGGACUACGUGAUGAAGAACCACGAUGAGCUCGGUCAGGACGCGUCGGGGGAGUACGACCAGGCCAAAGCCAGGGCGCAGGAGCAACUCGAUGAGGCCAAGCAGACAUGGGCGAAGAUAUUCCCCUGUUGUGCAUCGUAGAGACUCGUUUUUCCACAGGCUUGCUUUCUUGUCGUCGGUCGCUUACUAGCACAUGCGCUGUUUUCCCGACUGCCAAUGACAUGUCACACUCAUUCGCAUGUAUGUGAGGGUGUGCUACCAUCGCAUCAAUCAAGAAGGUUAGAAUUCAGGUCGAAUGAAAGACGACUAUCUCCUCGUGAUGAGACUCGUAACAAAUUGCCAAAUGAGGACGGCAGGCGUAGAUGUGCUUGGGGUUGUUUUGGGGAUGAUGAUGCCUUGUCAUCGUCGUGAUCCCCGCUUUCUUGCAAGAUGCACGCCGCACGAAAAUUCAUCUCUGCUACCAGUAGACUUCCGCAAAGUAGCCCGCGCGCACUGUUCUCUCCUCUUCCACGCAACACGCUGCUCCCUUUGCGAGUCUCUAGACGAUGCUAUUCGGAAACCAUAAAUGAUCCCACACGCACGGACCUCCACUAUCACCUCCAACACCCCCCGACCCCGCUCUCCGACUCCGCACCCGCAUUCGCGCUGACCUUCCUCCCCUCUGCGCCUCCCUCCGCGACUUCAAGUACGGUCAUCGGCUGGUUACCUGCGACGUCGGAGGUGGAAGCUGAGGCUGGGCUGAAUGACUUCAAGGAGAAUCCCGGGUUCCGCACCCUACUCCAUGAGGUUAUUUCGGAAGCACUCAAGCAGGGUGUCGAUGAUGUCCAGACCAACGCGGCGCUCCAGAUGGGCAGCGGCUGGAUGCAUAUACACGACGAACGGAACGUGCCUGCGCUAGGUCGGAUCGGCGACCCGGACGACAUCAUCGCGUCGGUUCUCGUGGAUGAGGGCAAGAUACAGCCAGAAACGUACCAAGCAAUGCCUGCAUACCGAUUAUGCACAGCAGACGGCCCGACGCAGCUGACUCCGGGUCUAGCCCGGAGACUGGUAGAAGCUCUAGAGACACGCGCUAGUCAAGAAAAGACAAGCUGAGGACUGCCGCGAUGGGCUGUGUGAUGGAGUCCACGAGGGGCAAUUACAGGUAAAGCUACAAUGCUUCCAGACGGUGGUAUCAAUAUUUAGUAGUACAUAGUAUAAAAAUAAGCGAAUCAUAGCGAACGAAGAUCGUUCAGUAUCUUAGAGUAGUUCUCCUCGAUCCAACGUUCACCCCCCUUCUCGCGGACCCACUUUCGAGAGAAGCGUUUGACGGGGACAGUGCGGUGGACGGCCCCGUGUGUCAGCACAAGCGAGAAGCGACUCGAGACCUCGCUGCCGUCCACGUCGUCGUCGUCGUUGUCGUCGCUCGAGUCUCCACUGUCCUCGCACGAAUCGAUGUCCAACAGGCGCUUGACCGCCACGACGGUCUGCGCGUACACAUCCGUAGUACAGGGCGUGACCACGCCCUUCGCAUCCGGAGGAAAUAACUCCAGCUGGAUAGAUUCACCCAGAUGCCGGCGCAGCUUCGACACGCGUUUCCGGUGCGCGGUCGUGGGCGUAGGGGGCUCCAUGAUGAUCGAGCAGGUCGAAACAGGGGAUGCUGGAACCACGGGGAGGGGUUUCGAGCUCUGAUGAAUCUCGUGCAUCGCCGGCUGCAGUGCGUCUGGCGAUGUAUCGAGCCGGAGAGAAAGCGAAGCGAAGCGCGGCGGAAGGGAUAUUUCGCGCGCAGGAACUAGAAGCGUGCUCGUGCUCGCGCCCAAAUUCGCGUCCGGGUCCGGGCGUGGGGUUGUGAUGGGGGUGGGGGGAGGGAUCGGCGUUGCAGGAAUGACAGAGAACAUGACAGCCGCGGGCGGACAGGGUGGCGUUGGGCGUAGCUCGGGCACGCUGGGCAGUGGGCGCAGUGAGUUGUGGGACAUCUGCCGCCGCGGGCCAGCUGGGGCCGAUUUGGGGGCGGGUGACACGGGGAUCUGGGGCAGCGGCCGCACGCGGGGGCGCGCCGAUGCAGCAUCCACAUCUACACGCAGAGGGGGUUUGUGCGCAUGCCAGGGUGCUGAGGUAUAGCGCGUUCGAGACACCGAGAGAGGCUCGGCCGCGGCAGGAAAGGUCAGGCGACGCGGCACGUUCAGUGCGCGGACAGGCGGUAGGUUGACCUGGAGUGGUGGCUGGGAUAGGUCGAAGGCAAGGGACAUGGUGUCGCGCGUGGUGGAAACGAGGCCAAAGGCACCAGCCAUUUAUGUGUCUAGGUCUCGGCAAUUCCAUAUUCGGCAGAGGGGCGGCAAAAAGCGCCGCCUACAAAAUUAUAUGCAUACUUUAGACCCAUUUGGUGAAAAUGGAGUGUCUGGUGUUCAUCCCAUGGAUGAAAUCUUGAGAACAGAGUCAUCGGGGCCGUGUAUAGGCAGAGAUUGCAACGAAAUGAGCUCCACAAGAUCGGUUGAACUGAAGCGCGGAGUGAAGAUCUACAGGGAGCCCUACUGCGUGGCUAUACAGGCCCGUCCAGCCUCCAAUGGCAGUCGCCAGGGAUGUGUCCAGGAACGGGGACUGACAUGACAACGUUUCCCACGGUCGAUUAGUGGAUCCUGAUGCAGUGAUGGAAUCUUAUCCGAGGUUUCGUCGGGACUGAAGACGUCCUCCAACCUUCCAGCACUGUGCCUUGCAUGCUAGAAUGAGAGAUUUUGCGCAAUUUCUCCUCCUCUAUAAAAUCAAGUUGAACUAAUCAAUAUUCUUCAUCACACUCACGGGCCACUGGCAUGCUCUCGGUAGGCAACUAAUAUGCGACCACUGACGGCUCCGACGCGAUGAGAAUUCUCGCGAUCGCUUUCUCAAACAGACCUCGCUUGGACUAGCGACAGGAGAUCUGUUCUCCAACAUCUCGGGAGUUGUCAGAGAUGCUGAGAUGAAUAGGCAUUCCAUGAGAGCUCCACGGCAAAAUUCAGCAGCAGUCCCUCGGAUAAAGAUACCGCAGAUAAUAUUAUAUCCCUAACACAUUACGGAACUUGGGGCCGUGGCCUGAUGCAGGUUGCUUUCAAAAAACCUUGAACACUCUGACACCACCACAUCCUGUCCGAGGAAUUAUAACUGACAGCAUCGGCUUGGUAUUUCGGACUCUGUCUCCCAGGGUUGUCUUCUAGUGUCUUGUCUCGAGGAGAAGCUUCGACAGCAAGAAUCAGCAUCAAUCGAACGUCUGAACAAGCUAUCACAGAGUUGAGAUGGCAUUGAGAUAU